AUGUGGCCUGGUCAGGCCAUGAGCCUCAAGGUCAACCAGAUCCUGCACCACGAGAAGUCUAAGUACCAGGAUGUCCUCGUCUUCGAGAGCAGCGACUACGGCACUGUCCUCGUUCUGGACAAUGUCAUCCAGUGCACUGAGCGGGAUGAGUUCUCCUACCAGGAGAUGAUCACCCACCUCGCCAUGAACUCUCACCCCAACCCCGAGAAGGUCCUGGUCAUCGGUGGUGGAGACGGCGGUGUUCUCCGUGAGGUCGUCAAGCACGAUACCGUCAAGAAGGCCAUCCUGUGCGAUAUCGAUGAGGCCGUCAUCCGUGUCUCUAAGAAGUACCUCCCCGGCAUGAGCAUCGGCUUCCAACACCCCAACGUCGAGGAGUUCGUCGGCGAUGGCUUUGAGUUCCUCAAAACCCACAAGAACGAGUUCGACGUCAUCAUCACCGACAGCUCCGACCCUGAGGGUCCUGCUGAGAGUCUCUUCCAGAAGCCCUACUUUGAGCUCCUGCGCGAUGCGCUCCGUGACGGAGGUGUCAUCACCACACAAGGUUGUUCGUCGCCUUUCCUUCCUGUCUGCCUGUGGCUCCCCGAAAGAUUCCCCGUUUUUUUUUUUUCUUUAUCUCUCCCCCUAUCUCCCUCUCUUUGCUGUUAUAUACCUAUUUUUUGUACUACCUUUGCCCUGCAAUUUCUCCCUGACCCCUCUCCACCCCUCCUCCUUUCCUUGUUGACUGCACACAAAUGA